GGUGCAUCUCAUUAAAGCACUGAUCAACGAAAACGCCCUUACACACGUUAAACAACAUAACGAAAUAUUAAACUGCCUCGUAACUCUUCACUAAAUCACGAAACUCGUUAGUUACUACUAUCAGUCAUUUUAACCUGGCUGGUUGAGCGUGAUAGCCGCAAUGAAACGGUUUGUGCUGAAAGAGUUUCUUACUGAGACGCCGCUACAAAAAUUGCGCGCAACCCUUAGCGAUGUCUUAUCGCCCUAUUACAGUGAGCAAAAAGAGCUUACGGAACACCCGGAGCCUUCCGAGAAACUGACACUACUGCCUGGUGAACACCUAGUGUAUUUCAACGAUGCGAGGCCCGAACACGAAUUGCUCGGAGACGGCUACGACAAGGACCACGCACCUUUCACAGAAAGCGGCACACCAAUCCCGUUCAGACAUCGACUGUGGUUGUACGGCUCUAUAGAACAUACAGCACCGCUACACUUGCACCAGUACGCCAGAUGCCAUGAGCUUGUACGAACCGCCACAGACCGAGUACAUGUACAACGCGACAUUUAUUCAUCCAAUGGACAACUAUGCAUACGCGAAAACCGCACAUUAGGUUACGUUCAAAACGACGUAAACACUCGCAGGUUUAUUCGGAUGCGCCAACAGACAGCAGACACGCAGACAUUUCAUCUGACACCAACGCCAGUUCUUGUGUGGAGAUACUCAGCACUCAUGUUCAAUGCUCACCGCAUCCAUUGGGAUUGGCGAUACACGACACAGCAAGAGUCAUAUCCCGAAUUGCUGGUGCCCGGUCCGCUGCUGGCAACGUUCAUGCUUCAAUACGCUCAGAGUCUACACCCUCACAAGAGUGCGUCAGAUUUUCGUAAUUUUACGUACAGGAUCCUCAGCAGUGCGUGGGUAGGCAAACAGAUUGCCUUGAAUGCUUCAAUGUCUAAUCCACAGGCGGUUUGGAUAGAAGACUUGGAAACGCAUGCGUUAAUAGCACGCGGCAGCAUCACGUUUAACUCUUAGUGUGCAUGACGAAAGAGCAAUGAAGAACCGUGAGUAUGCAGGUACAUCGAAUGCGAACCUUGUCCAGUUUUGCGGGUUGGUGAAGAGGAAUAGACCGGAUCCAGGAAGAAAUAAGUUAAACAUACAUAAAAAGGGAAAAUAAAAUAGGAAUAGGACAUGACAUAAUGAAAAGAAAACUCAACGAAAACGUGGCCAUCUAGAAAGAAGUAUUGAG